AUGUCGAAGAAAUCGGAGGCUCCCCUUUCUUUAUCUGACUGCCUCUGCCAAAUUUGCAUGGAGAUCUUUGUGGAGCCUGUGACGCUGCCGUGCAACCAUACCCUUUGUAAUUCUUGUUUCCAGCUGACAGUUGAAAAGGCCAGUCUGUGUUGCCCUUUCUGUCGGCGUCGAGUCUCUUCUUGGGCACGAUAUAAUGCCCGCAGAAAUACUGUUAUCAACUGGGAACUCUGGGAAAAGAUCCAGAAGAAUUACCCGAAGGAGUGUGAGCGUAGGAUUAAUGGACAGGAUUUGGAAGAGGAAAUCUGUGUCCCCCGUCCACAACACCAGCUAAGCAAGCCUGGAGAGCUGAGGCAGGAGUAUGAAGCAGAGAUCAGUAAGGUAGAGGCAGAAAGGCGAGCACAUGAACAGGAGGAGAACAAGGCAAGUGAGGAAUACAUUCAGCGGCUUCUAGCAGAAGAGCAGGAGGAACACAGAUUGGCAGAGGAGAGACGGAGGGAAAUGGAGAAACAGCUGAAGCAAGAUGAAGAGUUGGCUUGGCAGCUGAGUAACAGUCUGAAUGAUGAUUCCAAAGGACAUGUGCUCAGCAGUCCUUCAGCGGUAGGCAGCCUCUCAUCUGAAACAUCCCCAUCUAAUUUGUCCAAGAUGAAGAACAAAUCAAGCAACUCUAGAGACAUUCAGAAGUAUCUGUCUCCAAAGCAUCAUACGUUGGGAUCAGCUUCAUUCUCUAGAACAACAGAAAGAGGCAGGAGUGACUGUGGCUCUAUGAAGACGAAUAGCAAUGAAGGUAGCAGUUCCGUGUGGCAAGAUGAGCAAGAGGAAAUGCCAACACUGUCUCCACAGCUGACUGAUGUGAUUAAAGAUUCCAGUGCUAAGGAUUCAUUUUUGGAAUCGUGCAUGAACUUUUUAAGUGCCUCAGCUUCAGGGGAUACGUCUGUUGUCAAGCAGGAAAAAACACCAGGAUCGUAUUGUCUAGCAGACAAAGUUCCAGAUGCGCUUCAUGGAAUCAGAAAAGAGGAAGGGUCUAGAACAGUUCUUCACAGAUCUGUAGGAGAAGAUGAUGGAAUUGAGUCAGACAGUGGCAGUUUAACACAUGUAGAAAGCAUAAACCUUGAAAAUUCUGCUGAAACUUGUACCUGCAUUCAAACAACAACAAAUACUGUGAUGUCUGACAGCAAAGGUGUAAUAUGUGAUCUCAUAAACGAGGUGGCUAGACACUCAGAUGAAGCAAAACCAGAAAGACUGCAAAAUUCUCAAGAGACUCCAAAAAGAAAGUUGCUGGAGCUGCCAGCUGAAGCAGCAGUUGACUUGUGCGUGCUUGAUAAGAGAAGAAGAACUCUGCUGGAAUGUUUAGAAGACCAAGAGGAGGAGAUUAAUUGUUUUAACUUGCAGAUGCAGAAAGCCUUUGAGCAGGAGUUCUAUGAAAGGCGUAUGCAAGAGGAGCAGGACAGGCUUCUGGCUCUGCAGCUACAGAAGCAGAUCAACAAGGAGGAAGGGACACCUAAUCGACAAAAGGGCUCUCCAGAUGAGUACCUUCUUCGCACAAAACCAGCUGAGUCUGUAAAAGACUCUACUGCUAGAAAGGGAAGUUCUAAGAUGGCGAAAGACUCAAAGGUACAAAAACAUCAGGCUGAAACAAAUCACCGCAAGACUCGGAAAAGUUCUUGCAAUGAAAACUGGCAGUCCCCUAACAGAGUCCGAAUGAAAUCACCUGGCAUCAAGGGAGGAAAAGUUUUGAAUUGUGUAGUUAAUACCAGUGAUGCAAACGAUAGUUGUUCGCUACCUAAGAAUAAGCAAAAGACGAUCCUUCAGAUGUUUAAAAGCCCUGUUGCCGAGUAG